GAAGUCCCGUGCUCCAGUCCCACAGCCGAAGUCUUAGAGCUGGGGCUGUAACCCAUGCUGCGCCCCUCAAGGGGGCGGCUUCGGAAGCUUGGCCAUCUAGAGAAACACUCCCCAGCAAUUACCCCCGACUCCUGGCUCUCCUGCCUUUCCACAGUCUGGGGGGCAGGGAAGGGACAGCGCUGCAUCAUUCCCUGUGGCACUCCGCUCUGGGGCCAUUAACAGACGCCUUCCCAUCGAUCGGAUCUGCUAAGUGCUGCUGAUUCAGAUGACGCGACUGAGGCCCAACCAGCUUUGUAGGAGGCGGAGUCUCCCCAGGGUCCCUCUCUGGCUGUCCUAGGGGAGGGGGCUCAGGGAGCCACGAGGCCCCUCCCUGCCUCUCCAUCUCCCGGCAAGCUCGGAGGGGCGGGGAGAGAGAGCCAGAGGAGGAGAACUCAGGCAGCUCUGCAGAGGGGGCCAGGAGCUGGGGUGUUUCGUACCCCCAGCCCCACCGCUGUUGCUGCUCCUGCAGCAGGGACACAGACACCCCCAGUUUCCUUGUUCGGGUGGCUCAAGGUGUCUCCAAGCCCCCACCAUCCUGGAGACAGCCACAUUCUCCUAAACGCCACCCUCACUAAGUCUCCCUGGGCUUGGGGAGUGGCACGAUGGCGGCAGGCCUGGCCACGUGGCUGCCUUUUGCCCGGGCAGCAGCAGUGGGCUGGCUGCCCCUGGCCCAGCAACCCCUGCCCCCGGCACCGGGGGUGAAGGCAUCUCGAGGAGAUGAGGUUCUGGUGGUGAACGUGAGCGGACGGCGCUUUGAGACUUGGAAGAAUACGCUGGACCGCUACCCAGAUACCUUGCUGGGCAGCUCGGAGAAGGAAUUCUUCUACGAUGCUGACUCAGGCGAGUACUUUUUCGAUCGCGACCCUGACAUGUUCCGCCAUGUGCUGAACUUCUACCGAACGGGGCGGCUGCACUGCCCACGGCAGGAGUGCAUCCAGGCCUUCGACGAAGAGCUGGCUUUCUACGGCCUGGUUCCCGAGCUAGUCGGUGACUGCUGCCUUGAAGAGUAUCGGGACCGAAAGAAGGAGAAUGCCGAGCGCCUGGCAGAGGACGAGGAGGCAGAGCAGGCCGGGGACGGCCCAGCCCUGCCAGCAGGCAGCUCCCUGCGGCAGCGGCUCUGGCGGGCCUUCGAGAAUCCACACACGAGCACCGCAGCCCUCGUUUUCUACUAUGUGACCGGCUUCUUCAUCGCCGUGUCGGUCAUCGCCAAUGUGGUGGAGACCAUCCCAUGCCGCGGCUCUGCACGCAGGUCCUCAAGGGAGCAGCCCUGUGGCGAGCGCUUCCCACAGGCCUUUUUCUGCAUGGACACAGCCUGUGUACUCAUAUUCACAGGUGAAUACCUCCUGCGGCUGUUUGCCGCCCCCAGCCGUUGCCGCUUCCUGCGGAGUGUCAUGAGCCUCAUCGACGUGGUGGCCAUCCUGCCCUACUACAUUGGGCUUUUGGUGCCCAAGAACGACGAUGUCUCUGGCGCCUUUGUCACCCUGCGUGUGUUCCGGGUGUUUCGCAUCUUCAAGUUCUCCAGGCACUCACAGGGCUUGAGGAUUCUGGGCUACACACUCAAGAGCUGUGCCUCUGAGCUGGGCUUUCUCCUCUUUUCCCUAACCAUGGCCAUCAUCAUCUUUGCCACUGUCAUGUUUUAUGCUGAGAAGGGCACAAACAAGACCAACUUUACAAGCAUCCCUGCGGCCUUCUGGUAUACCAUUGUCACCAUGACCACGCUUGGCUACGGAGACAUGGUGCCCAGCACCAUUGCUGGCAAGAUUUUCGGGUCCAUCUGCUCACUCAGUGGCGUCUUGGUCAUUGCCCUGCCUGUGCCAGUCAUUGUGUCCAACUUUAGCCGCAUCUACCACCAGAACCAGCGGGCUGACAAGCGCCGAGCACAGCAGAAGGUGCGCUUGGCAAGGAUCCGAUUGGCAAAGAGUGGUACCACCAAUGCCUUCCUGCAGUACAAGCAGAAUGGGGGCCUUGAGGACAGCGGCAGUGGCGAGGAACAGGCUCUUUGUGUCAGGAACCGUUCUGCCUUUGAACAGCAACAUCACCACUUGCUGCACUGUCUAGAGAAGACAACGUGCCAUGAGUUCACAGACGAGCUCACCUUCAGUGAAGCCCUGGGAGCCGUCUCACCGGGUGGCCGCACCAGCCGUAGCACCUCUGUGUCUUCCCAGCCAGUGGGACCCGGAAGCCUGCUGUCUUCUUGCUGCCCUCGCAGGGCCAAGCGCCGCGCCAUCCGCCUUGCCAACUCCACUGCCUCAGUCAGCCGUGGCAGCAUGCAGGAGCUGGACAUGCUGGCAGGGCUGCGCAGGAGCCAUGCCCCUCAGAGCCGCUCCAGCCUCAAUGCCAAGCCCCAUGACAGCCUUGACCUGAACUGCGACAGCCGGGACUUCGUGGCUGCCAUUAUCAGUAUCCCUACCCCUCCUGCCAACACCCCAGAUGAGAGCCAACCUUCCUCCCCUGGCGGCGGUGGCAGGGCCGGCAGCACCCUCAGGAACUCCAGCCUGGGUACCCCUUGCCUCUUCCCCGAGACUGUCAAGAUCUCAUCCCUGUGAGGGGUAGGCCUGCUGAUUCAGAGGGUCCUCUUCAUUUUUGGGAACUCCUUUCCAAAGCCAUAUUUUUGGGAGGCAGAGAGGGGCAGGCUUGGGCACCCCUUCUGCCCCCCCACUGAGAACUAUGCAAUGGAGUUUCAUGAAAUGGUCCACAUAGUGGGGAAGUAGCCAGGAAAUGGGAAACUUCCUCCCACCCCAGACAUUUUUCCUGGUGGGAGCUGAAGCACUGGGCUUCCACAGGCCCCUGGCCUCCUUGCCCCAGCACACUGGGACUGGCCCCACUCUCCCAGCUGGACUCCUGCAUGCUCCUCCCCUUGGGCUCUCAGAUGAAGGCAAAGCUUUGAUCCGACAUCUGAGCUCUAGCCUAAGAAGGAGAGUUGAGAUUUCCUCCUCCCUCUGGCUGGGAUAUUGAGCUUUGGAGGUUCAGAGAAGAGAACCCUCACCUCUGAUCUGGCCUCUACGAGAGGUCCUCAUCUCCAUCUGGCCCAACAAUUCCCAGAUUCUGAAGCUUGGAAUGCAAACACAGGCUUCAUGGGCUGUGGCCUCUGCAGCGACCUGCCAUCCCCAGGCCUUGCCUGAGGGGUCAGGCUGCCUCUCCCAACACACACUCAGAUAGCACAAAUUUUACCAUCCCCUUCCCUGGCUGCUGGAAAUGGACCCUGCAACCCUGUCCUCUGCUGGGCCCCCAGCAAACUCUAGCAAUAGCAGCUGCUGCCGUGUCAUUAUGCAAAGCCUCUGACCAGUUUGCUGCAGCAUUUACAUCUGCCCUAAUCAGAGGGGCCACCUCUAACUCCUCCUCCUCCUCUCUUCUCCUCUGGUUUGCGUCCUUCCUGGGUUGGGCUGGAGUCUGGACUGGCUGAGAUAAGAGCCUGGCAACCAGCAAGAGCUGGGCUGUAUUUGGAGAUCAUGGGCUGAUUCCAUGUUCUUGGGCAACAGUCCAGAAGCAUCAGGGGCUCCAGCCUGGGAUGUUUCUGAACUUUGGGAGUUAUAGGAGACAGGAGGAACUUCUCCUCCUCCUCCUCCCCUACAAUUCCUUUUCACAUAUUCCUUUCUUCUCCCUCUUGGGUCACCUUCCAGAACUCUGCUCUCAGGCUGAAAUCUGGCAUCAUCUCAGGUUCCCUGUCCCCAGCACUGUCCCCAUGGAGCUGGUGGCUGACAAAGAUGUAGUUUCCAUCAGUCAAUAAAACCUGAGAGGAGAGAUGAGGACUGAGAGUAUCUCCUGGCUCUGUGGGUUUGGGGGCUGGGUUGGGCUUGGGGGUUGAAAACACUCUGAUUUCAAUCCCUUUUGGCUAGGAGAAGGGCUGGUAUGGGUCAAGGUAUGGGAGAUGGAUGGUUGGUGAUGUAUUCUGGAAGAUGGGGAUCCAGGAGAAAUGAAAGAGUGUGGUUUGAGGAGUUCAUCUACAGCCAGUGAGACAGGCCAGGGGGUCCUGAGACAUUCCUCCUUGGAUAUCAUCUGCGCCAGCUUCCUGAUUCACAGAUCGGGAAACUGAGACCCAGAGAAACACACAGUUAGUUAGAGGAGGCUUAAACCCAGGCUUCCUGACAGCAAACAACCCUGAAUUUAACCCUAAUAAAAGCAUCACUUUGUUUGGUGAAUUUCC